UCAAAUUGUUCAUAAUUCUGACAACUAAUAAAACUGAAAUCAGUUGGUGUUGUUACUUUCAUGGUCCGAGAGGUUUAAAUUUUACUAAAAUGGAAUUUGAAUCUAAAGUCAUUAUCAUAACCGGAGCAAGCUCUGGUAUUGGAGCCGCAACUGCUAUCAGAUUUGCCAAGCUUGGUGGGCUCCUUACACUUGUUGGACGAAACUUGGAGAAACUUAAUGAAACAGCUGCCAAGUGUCUAGGAGCAAAAGGCGAACAUCCACUUGUUGUGAAAGCUGAUAUCACAAAUGAAGAAGAUGUACGUCAGAUAGUAGAACAAACUUUAUCAAAGUAUAGCAGAAUAGAUGUUUUAAUCAAUAAUGCUGGUAUUAUUGAAAAUGGCUCAAUUGAAGAUACAAGUCUCGAGCAAUAUGAUCGGGUUAUGGAGACGAAUGUUCGUUCUCUUUAUCAACUGACUAUGUUGGCUGUUCCUCAUUUGAUAGAGAAAAAAGGUAAUAUCGUUAACCUUUCAAGUGUAUGUGGAUUGAGAUCAUUCCCUGGUGUGUUGGCAUAUAAUAUGUCAAAGUCGGCAGUUGAUCAAUUCAAAAAAUGUGUCGCUCUGGAGCUGGCACCCAAGGGAGUUCGUGUUAAUUCAGUCAAUCCGGGAGUUAUUGUCACAGAACUACACAAAAGAGGUGGCAUGGACGAAGAGACUUAUAAAAACUUCUUGGAAAAGUGUAAGCAGACUCAUGCAUUACAACGUCCAGGAAAUGUUGACGAAGUAGCAGCUGCUAUAACAUUUUUAGCUAGCGAUAGCGCAAGCUUUAUAACAGGGGUAAAUUUACCCGUUGAUGGAGGACGUCAUGCAAUGUGCCCACGCUAAUGAAAUAGGAUAUUCGAUGAAUUCAAAAAAUACUACAACAUAUUUUUGUAUUAAUUAAAUUAAUGAAUACAUUUUAUUGAUAAUCAAUUGACAAUAAUAAAGUAUUUUGUUUACAAAA